GCAAUCAAAACCUGCAAUUGCCCCUAAUAAAACCUGCAAUUUCAUCCUAUCAUUUUCUUUCUCUCUUUAUCCCUCCAUCAACACCAGAUCGAGACAUUUUCCCUUCCAAUUUCUCUCUUUUGCUGGGGAUUUGAAUUUUGUCCGAUUGAGAACAUGAAGGCACUAGUGGAGGAGGUAAAGACGUUGUUGGCUGAAGGGCGAUCGGUUGGGGUGGAUAGGAGGAUAAGGAAGGGGGGUUGGUGUUUGGUUUGGGAUGGUUAGGGUGGUGAAAGGUUCAUUGUGGACUAGAUGGGUUGGUGGUGAGGGAGAGAGGCAAGAAAGGGGACUAGUAAGGGUAGAAGAACAACGGACAUGGAGGGCUCUGGUAGGGCUUGGCGUGGAGGUAGGAGGUGGGUGGUGUGGCGUGGAGAGAGAAGCAUUAGACCCAAAAGCAAAUUUGGUGAAAUCAUCAGACCUAGAAGCAAAUCUAGCGGAAGUAGGGGACAUGACGUUGCAAGGUAGUGGUGGCAAAAGCAGAUCUAUUGGAGGUGGGUUCAAAAGAACCCAGGCUGCUGAAGAGGAAGAUGAGGCUACAAAUGACUAGGAUGAGGAUGGAGGUGAGGAGGAGGAUGGAUGUGGUGAGGAUGAUGAACAACAAAGGCUAGGCUAGGUGCCUUUAGAGUUAACGGAGAGUAACGAGGGUGUACCGAAGUGUGUAACGGGAAAGGGUGGAUGAAUCAGAUAACACAAGAAACAAGAAGAUAAAGCAUUAAAAAAAAUGACGUAGU